UUGAAAUAUUUAAAACAAAGAAAAUAAAAUAUUCAAUGUUGUGAUUAUUUAAUAUUCAAGAUUAUGCACUGUUUCUAUUAAAUGUAUAGUCUCUAUUUAAAUGUAAGCAAAUUUGUGACCAACCACAUUAAAUGCUUUGUACAGAAGGUCAGAUUUUCCUCAUUUCUAGUCUCUUCUAUUGAAGCAUAUGUUCAGACGACACUCCGAUAGAUUUGAUCUAAAAUGGAUCAUAAGCUUUUGCACAAACGUAUGGAGUCUGUGCCAGCUCGAGUGCAAACAGUCAUUAAAGCUAAAACGCGACAAACCAAAUACUAAGAAACUCUGAAAUUCAUGUAAAUAUUUCAACGAUUCUACUUUUCACUCAAGUUGUUGUCAGUAAUGUAAACUGUAAUGAAAACUGUUGUAUUAAAUUGGGAAAGAAUGCACAGUACAAGCAUUUUCACUCGUGCUCUCAAACUUUUUACCUGUGUGUUAAUGAUUAUGAAAAUAUACAGGUUAAUUAAUCCACCUAGUAAAAGUUGUCCUGCAAACACAGCCGGAUCACGGCUCGGCUGAUGUGCAUAGUGCAGCAGGCAGUGGGUUUCAGAAAGAGUAGUGGGGAAAACAAAUAAACAGCUUUCAACAAAAAAGAAAUAGAUGGAUAUUGACCAUCAGGUAUUGGACAUGAGAGAGAGUUACAGAGAGAGAGAGAGAGAGACACUGAACAUUAUUAUAUUACUAGUAAAGAAAUAUUUUCAAGAACAAGAAGCGUGCCAGUAGCUCUGGAGUUAGUUGAUGGUGGUUCUUAUUGGCUGUUGGCUAGUGGUUGUCGGCUAGUGGUUGGUGGUGAUGGUAGUUGUUGGUUGUCGGCUGGUGGUUGUUUGUGGUGUUGGUGGUUGUUGUCUGAUGGUUCUUGGUGGUGUAGGUGGUUGUUGUACAGAUUUUAAAAUUUACAGAAUUUUCUUGGUUCUAUUUGAUUAAACUGCAUUUUUUUGUGGCUGAUUCUUUGUGUAUGUGAUUAUGUAUGAAUACUGCACAAUCUUUGCCAGAAGAUAACGAAUUCUAAUUAAUUUUUAAAAACCCCUGGGAGACAACUUGGGCCAGUUUUAAUUAGCUGCUGUGCCUUUGCAGAACUUGUGGUCCUGCGGUCUGUCUCCGAGUCGCUAGACAAGCACGGUCAUUUGGCAGUUUUGCAGGUUUAAAGUGUUCUAACCCCUGUAACGACCACUGCCUAAAUCAGAUUUAUUGCUCAUGACAGAAUAUGUGGCACGCAACUUCUCUGAACACAUGAUGUUUUAAAAGUGGCCAGUCGAGUGAUAUUAAAAUAUUUGUUCCUGUUCAUAUUAGCUUUAUUUUGUAACAUUCAGCAGUAGCAGGACUUUUAUAGCCCAUGACUAAAUCUUUUUAUCAGAUUAUACAGUAGAUAGCCUCUCUGAACACAUUCACUGCACAACAGGGUGAUAUUAAAAAUAUAUUUGAUCUCGUGGUUAUUAUUCCAUUGUGUCCUAGAAAAAAUUGAGUCAUCAUGUCUGUUGUUGCCAUUUCCAGAAAACAUCCGGCGAUAGUUAAUCUCGCGUUGUGCUGCAACCGGAAGAGCACACACACACACACACACACACACACACACACACACAAACAAAACAGAACUCAUUUCUUUGCUUGGUGCUUGUAGUUCCAGCAGGACUUCCAGGUUAUGAGUCUGUCGUUCAAAAAGCUGCACCUCAUCACUCAUGCCGAUUCCCUAAUGACAAGCCUGGAGAACAAACACACCACAGCGAGCCUCGUUCUCAGAAAUGUCCAGCCGAGUUCUGUGAAGAGGUGUUGUGCCUGCUGAUGAGGCAAUGUGGUGAUCUGAUUUGGGCCAUUAUCGGUGUAGCGCAAAGUGUGUGUGUGUGUGUGGCUUCCUGGCUGAGUCAGAAAGUAGGAAGAAGUGGCAAACACUGGACAAACAGAUUAAUGGUACCUAAGAAGAGUGAUUCAUAAGUUGUUUAUGUACCAGUGCACUAAUGCUGCAUAGAUAAUAUGGCAGUUAUGAUUAAUAAAAAUUGAUCUGAUACCCAAAACACAACAAAACCAAAAACACAACAAUUCAGAAAACACAACAUCAGAAUGGGAAGAAACAUGAUCUUGGUGACUUUGACCGUGACAUGCUUUUGGUGCCAGACGCGCUGGUUUGAGUAUUUCAGAACGUGCUGAUCUCCUGGAAUUUUCAUCUACAAGUCUCUACGGUUUACACAAAAUGGUGUGGAAAACAAAAAUCUUCCAGUGAGCAGCAGAUUUGUGGGCAGAAAUGCCUUGUUGAUGAAAGAGCUCAGAGGAGAAUGGUUCCAAGUGACAGGAAGGCUAUGAUGAUUCAAAUAACUACUCUAUACAACCAUGGUGAGCAGAAAAGCAUCACAGAACACAUAAAACGUUGAACCUUGAGGACACCACAGGACAGCCUUUCUGUUUGUGCAUAAUGUGACAUGUUGCACUUCAGUUCGGCAUUGCUGAACCUACUUGUGAUUGUGUUUAGCAGAAUGCAUGGGAGUAUCACAUUCUUAAAAUGAGUGUGAGAGCUCUGGAAAUCUGUAAAGUAGACUUCUGUAGUCUCAUUCCUUGGCUGUUAGAUGACCAUGAAGAACCAGUCAGAUGUAAUGACUCAUGCUAGAUCUGGCUUUUUCAUAGAUCUAUAUGUAUACAUUAGCUCUAAACUGGCCAUCAUUUAAUAAACAGCACAAAAAGCCAGUCCAAACCUUUGGAUAUACGUCAUUAUAUACAUCAAUAACUGAUUCCAGGUCAAGCAAACACACAGGACUUAUGGCUUCGCCUCUCUCUGCCUCUUUCUCUCUCUCUCUGUGUCUCACUCUCGCUUUCUACUUCAGUCUGUGUCUCUGGAGUGGAGCCCUUGUAGUCCUUGUGGCUGCCACUGGUGUUGCGUGGGUGUUUUGAGUGCACCACAUUUGCACAAGCAGACUCUUUGUACAGCUCUGUGCUCAGAGGGUUGAUGCAGUUUGGAAAGUGGAUUGCAUUCUGAUCAGUCUGAUGAACCAGCGUCCUCUACUGCAGUGUGCUGCCCUCAUGAGAAUAAGACUAGCUUACAAAGGCUAAAGCCCUGAUUUGCUAAAAGGUUCAGAUGUGUACCAACAUGUUUCCACUUACUUUUCACAUCACUCAGUUCUUCUUUUAAUGAGCAUUUGAUGUACAAUGUGCUCACGUACAAAAUACUCAUUAUUUAUGUAAAUCGGGGUUUUUUAUUUAGUGUUAAUAUAAUAGAAGAACCUUCCACCACUUCAGAGUAGCUUCUUGUCUCACUGUCUGGCUAAAUUGAAAAUGUGUCAAAAAUGACUUUCUAAGUACUAAGGAAUUCAUCAGGAGCAAUUUAGCUAUGAAAAAGGGACCAGAGAUUUUGGGAGCAUGCUCUGAUUGGUGGAACAAAGAUACUUUUGGUCGAACAUCAUCUCUCAGCCUGAACCUGGCAUCUGAAGUUUGCUUUAUUGGACAUACAAGGCAAAUAUUGUUUAAAAAAAUAUAUAUAUAUUGGUUAAGAAGAUUACAGCUUCGAGUUUCCCAUUGUGCAUACUGGUCACCUAAAUAUCACACAUUUGUUUUACACAUUUAAGUUUUAAGGAUAUACAGUAUAUUUCAUGGAUGGACAAAUCAUAAAUUUAUUAGCUAGCCCAUUGGGCAAAUAUAAGCCCCAGUGUGCUGCCCAGGUUACCUGGAAACGUACAGUUGUGUCAUAAGUUUACAUACGCCUUUCAUAAUCUGCAAAAUGUUAAUAAUUUAAAAAAAAUUAGUGAUCAUAAAAAUUGCAUUUCUUUUUUAUUUAGUACUGCCCUGAAUAAGCUAUUUCACAUAACAGAUGUAUACAUACAGUCCACAAGACACAAUAAUAACUGAAUUUAUACAAAUGAACAAGUUCAAAAGUUUAGAUACGCUUGAUUUUUAAUACUGUGUGUGUUACCUGCAUCAUCAACGACUGUUUAUAUGUUUUGUGAUAGUUGUUCAUGAGUCCCUUGUUUGUCCUGAGCAGUUAAACUGCCCACUGUUCUUCAGAAAAAUCCUCCAGGUCCUGCACAUUCUUUGCUUUUCCUGCAUCUUCUGCAAAUUUGACCCCUUUCCAACAGUGACUAUAGAUUUUGAGAUCCAUCUUUUCACAGUGAGGACAAUUGAAGGACUCGUACACAGCUAUUACAAAAGGUGCAAACAUUCACUGAUUCUCAAGAAGGCAACACGAUACAUUAAGAGCCAGGGGGGUGUCAACUUUUGAACAAGAUGGUCGGUGUAAAUUGUUAUUUUGUCCUCUGGGAAACAUGUAAAUAUCUUGUGUAGCCUCUGAGGGGCAGUACUAAAUGGAAAAAAUAUCUUUAAACAAAAUAAUUUACAACGAUCGUCCAGUUCAAAAGUUUCCACCCCCUUGGCUCUUAGUGUAGUGUGUGGAUUGAGUGUGUAUGGGUUUAGAGAUGCAAUAGUCAAACCGUGCUUGUUUAGAAGUUAGCAUAACUGCUUGUUCCACACACACACACACACGCGUGCACACACUACAAUCUCACUUUAUUCUGGAGAAGUACACUCAUAGCGUGUUUUCUAACCUUAAAAUAACUCUGUUACGCUCUGCCUCUGUUCCUGCUGAAAGAUGCUGAAAUAGAACAGAAUGAUGAUGAUUCAGUGUGGGCAGACACACAAUCUCAAUUAUUUCAGCUCACCUCUAGUGUAUAUAUGAUUCAAUUUGAUUUGUUUUGCUCCCUAGUUUAUACCUAUGUAGAAUUAUAGAAGUCCUUUUUUUUCCCCCCAGUCAGGGCUGACUCAUAGAUCUGCUGUGCCUUCAGAUGUAGUUUUAAUUUGCAACUCUUAAACUUAUUUAAAUCCAAUUCAGGAUUUCUCAUCACCUACAAUUCAAUUACAUUUGCACUGUAAUAAAAAAAUAUUACAUCUGCCAAAUUUAUGCUACAGUAGUUCGCUCAUGAUGGGAUCAUGCUUAACAUUAAUAACUCUUUAUCUGGCAGCUCCUCCUCCUGCUCUGACGUCAGGCACACGCAGGAGGAGGAGUGUGUGAUCAUUCAGUGGCUCGACUCAUUCACAGAAAUCUCACACACACACACACAUACACACACACACAUACAGGCAACAUGAGCUCAGCAGCUAUAACACUCUGCUCCAGCAGCUUGCUACACUGUGGAACGGCUAAUGGAACAGCAGGCAGUCAGUUGUCUACGCCUCGCUCAGGCAAGUCCCCGAGUCCGUCUCCCACCAGCCCAGCCAGCCUCAGGAGACGGCGGAGCUCCCAGCACAGCGGCUCAUCUCUCUCUCUGGCCUCUACUAAAGUGUGCAGUUCCAUGGAUGAAGGUGACGGUCCUGCUAGUGAAGCUGAGGUGGUGGAGGAAGGCCCUCAAGUUCCUGCCUCUAUAGCUGAGAGGUACAAGGUGGGAAGGAUGAUUGGAGAUGGCAACUUCGCAGUGGUGAGAGAGUGUGUGGAGAGAUCCACGGGUCGAGAGUAUGCACUCAAAAUCAUCAACAAGGGCAAAUGCAGAGGCAAGGAACACAUGAUUCAGAAUGAGGUGUCCAUUUUAAGGAGGGUGAAACACCCCAACAUAGUCCUGCUGAUCGAGGAGAUGGACACCUACAGUGAGCUCUACCUAGUCAUGGAGCUGGUCAAGGGUGGCGACCUCUUCGAUGCUAUCACAUCCUCAAAUAAGUACACUGAGCGGGACGCCAGUGGGAUGCUGUACAACCUGGCCAGUGCCAUCAAGUACCUGCACAGCCUGAACGUAGUGCACAGAGACAUCAAACCCGAGAACCUGCUGGUCUAUGAGCACCAGGAUGGCAGCAAGUCUCUGAAGCUGGGGGAUUUUGGCUUGGCCACGGUGGUAGAUGGACCCCUGUACACCGUGUGUGGCACCCCGACAUACGUAGCUCCAGAAAUCAUUGCAGAGACAGGUUAUGGCCUGAAGGUGGAUAUCUGGGCAGCUGGUGUUAUUACAUACAUCCUGCUCUGUGGCUUUCCUCCUUUCCGUGGGAGCACUGAAGAUCAGGAGGCUCUCUUUGAUCAGAUUCUCACAGGACAGCUGGAGUUCCCUCUGCCAUACUGGGACAACGUGUCCGACUCUGCAAAGGAGCUCAUCACGUGCAUGCUGCAGGUGGAGGUUGAGCAGAGAUACACAGCUCUGCAGGUUUUAGACCAUCCGUGGGUCAACGACGAUGGCUUGUCUGAGAACGAACAUCAGCUGUCUGUGGCUGGGAAAAUAAAGAAGCACUUUAUCACAGGGCCUAAGUCCAGCAGCACAGCGCCCGGCGUCUCCGUUAUAACAACCACCGCUCUUGAUAAGGAGAGGCAGGUUUUCAGACGAAGACGCCACCAGGAUGUGAAGUCCUCCACCGCUCGCGCUCCACACAGCAGCUUCCUGUCGAAGCCUCUAGCCGGCUCCAGUCUCACCCCUGCAGAGUUCACCUCCGAAUCUGAGGACUACUCGCCCAGCUCCGCUGAGACCGUGCGCUCCCCAACCUCACCUUUCUAACUACCCAGAUUCCCUCUCCUAGACACACACCCCCUGAACACGGCCGGAGCGUCGAUCUAGCGUGUGACUGGAGAAAUAGAAAAAACUGAGUGGUUUGGCGAUCUGCCGCUCUCUAAGAAACUGCCCUCAUUUGCAUGUUUUGAUCUGGAACACUUCUUGCAAAUCCUGUAUUCAUAAUGCAUUAGAAAUGGAUUUAUAAUAAUAAUCUUUUACUGUACAUAGCAUGCAUAAUACAUAAAUACCUACAUAAUACAUAACUACUCAUAAGUAGUAUAACACAUUAAGCAAGAUUAUAUGACUUCAUAAUGUGAGGUUAAAAACACAACACAGUGUUGUAUUUUUAUUCAUGAAAGAAUGAAACAUUCUACUUUUUUAUCUCUUUAUAGUAACAUUUCAUGUUGAAGAAUAUCUCAAAGUAAAGACAAAAAGAUGUAGCUUGUCAUGUUGUAUAAAAACCAACCAGAACUAUCAUCAGAGCUGCUGUUAUAGGAAAUUAAUUCAAUUCUCCCUGACCAAUCAGAAUUGAGAAUUCAGCCACUCUAAUACAACACCUAAAAAUGUCGUGAACAAUAUAACAGGCUCUGCUACAGUAUUUGCACUACAGGUUAUAAAGCCUUAUAACAUGUACAUGCUUUCUAAAAUUGUACUGAACUCUACAAAGUUCUUAUGAACAGAUCCUCUAUUGCCUAUUACUAUAUGGAGAAAUAAGUAACCUUACAUUAUAAAGUCAUAUUACAUUUUUUUGGAAAUGCUAUGCUUGUGCCUAGACCUAUUCAUGAGCAGACAUAUGUUAGGCAGUGUAAAGGUAUUAUACAUGUUAUGUAACAAGCAUUUGUAAUGCAUUAUGAGUACAGGAUGCAUUAAAAGGUGUUACAGAUCUGUUCUGUUUUAAAGCUAAUAUAUAAUAGUGUAGGUGUAAACUUGUAGCGAAUUCAAAAAAAGAAAGAAAGGAAAACAAAGAACAGAUUCAUUUACUCACUUGGAAAUUUGUACAAGAUUUGAGUAUUUUGAAGAAGCACAACGGUUCCUUUGGUCUGAAUUAGCUGCUGAAAAAUAACUACUAGAUAAUUAUCUGGAUUUGGAGUUUUCCUAUUUGGCAGAAAAAGCACUACACUGAUGGAUAGCUAUAGGUUUGACGCUAUAGUGAAGCACAUGUUCAACUGCAGCACAGAGUAAAAGUUUUUGCUCCCCACAUAUAGGCCUCGUCCCAUUUCCUAAAUCUGUUCAUGCGUCCUCUAGUGGAUUUAUAGAAUAAAUAGAAGUGCAAAUAUAUGGAGCAAAUGACCAGAUGACGGAUUAAUGUAAAGCUCAGAUAGGAUUCUUUCUGAUACAGAAACCUACAAGACCUUAAAAAUCAGAAAUCUUCCAUAAAGCCAGAAGUCUGCAUCUUUUUAAUAACUUUUUAUAUUUAUUUUUCACCAUCUCACUUCAUAUAUUCUUCUAUCCAUAAAUGCACCCAUUUCUAAUUCUCCCACGACAUUUUUGCGGAGGUCACUGUUGAUCACUGAGAUCUUGAAAUGCUUUACCAUCAUGUAAUAUCAAAAAUGUAGUAGGUUAAGUUACACUGUUAUACAGUACACCAUAUUUAGUGUUUUAAAAAUUUAGGUUUAGAAAUUGAUUAGAGAAUUCUUAACUGAAUCUUUUUUUUAAUUGAAGGGUGCUAUUUUAAAUAGACUAGAAACGUUUACAAAAUAGGCCAAUUCUCAGUCAUCUCACGUGUGCGGUUUUAAACAUGGUAAGUACCACAAGCUACAAAUUAGAGUUACACUGAAAAGGAAGCAGCCAGUAACU